UUCCUACAUCGGCAAAAGGUCCUGACCUUAUAUAGAAAGAUUUUAAGAGCCAUUUAUCAAAUGCCAAAUGAAGCCGAUCAGCUGUAUCUUAAAAAAUGGGCACGACAAGAAUUUAAACAGAAUAAAAAUGCAACAGAUCCAGAUACAGUACGAAUGAUGCUCACACAUGGAAACCUGCAACUUCAGGAAUUGGAGAAAAUGCUUCGUUUAGCAAAAUAACGCAGACAUCAGUGUGCCGCUCCUGUUGCAGAUUUUCCAAGACACUUUGUGGUUCUGCUGGAACAUUUGUAGCAGUAUUUCUGGUUCUGACAAAUGUCUUCACAGACUGGCAACAGUAACUGAACAUUUCCCUUAAAAUAAUUGCUUGAAAUGAUUCAAUCUCCAUGCCCUGGAAGUUUGGGGGAACGCAUUGUAUUCUUAUGUUGAAGGGUAUGCUGUGUUUUAGAACCAUUUAGCACAACAUGUCCUUAUAAGAGAUCCAUUACUUAUUCCCAUUUAUAAAUUACAUUAGGGCAUAACCUUUUACCAUGGAACCUAAACAGUACUAUUUGGAAAGUAGGAGAAAAGUAAUUAUUUCAAAAUGGUUAAUGCCACUCUAGACAAGUGCUUACUUCCAAGCUGUUAACUAAGGUUUAUCGCACCAAUUCUCUUCUGGAGCCUUUUACAUUGAUAUUCACUGGUGAGCUUGAACAUGUAAUAAUAAUCCUUGUAUUUGAUAUAGCGCCUUAUCAUGUCUUUGUGACGUCUCAAAGCGCUUCGUAGGAUAUUCCUGUAAAGUGAAUUGACUGUACAUAUGAAACAUCACUGAAUACAAUAAUAUACUAUG